UUCGUUUCACGUCUCAGUCCCUCGGAGUUAGCCGUUUGAGAGAGUGGUGAAUGUGCUGGCAGACGAACAUAACGAACAAACCACUGGUAAUGAUUCCACUCGUUCACAAAGAGGCAUGCGCGAUUAGAAACUCAGUUAGAUCAAGAAUAGGCCUAUAAGCGUUCUGAGCUUUGAUCAACGCUGGGAACGAUAUUUAGAUGUUGAUCCGUAAUUGAUUUUCUUUAUUGUGUAUAAUAUAUAGGCUAUAUAUAGUUUAUUUAUUUAUUUUUUACAAAUUGUAAAAAAUUACCGAGGUCCGGAUCUCGUCCUCAUAUGUAGUUAUGGCCCUGCGUGCAGGUUAUGCUUUUAAUAUGUUAUGACUGAAGGCUCUACUACCAACUGAAGCGAUGCGCUCGCUUUCAACCACCAAUUUCACGGCACUGUUUGUUUGCGCAUGGCAAGUCGCUCUCGAGGUCUUUCGGUCUCACUCGCAACAACAGGCAUCUUAUCACUGGUGCAUCAACACCUGGGGUGUUCAGCAAAAUAAUGAAGGGCGGCAUCAUUUAACGACAUGAGCAGAUCCACUGAAUUUCGAUGGAGUCUUUGAAUGCCGUAGAGCUCCAUGAAUUGGGGGAUGGGGAAAAGCGCGCUGCCUACGAGGCCGCUACAACUCCGCGACAAGGACCUCGGACAGCGGCCAGAGCUGGAAUCGAGAACACGUCAUAUCAGGAGGAAGAGCACGAGAUGAGGUUCAGUGGCCCAGCCAGCUCGAGUGUUCAUCGGUCCAUUUCUAAUGAUAGGGGCUACCAGACACAACCCCAGCCUUUCCAGCGAGAUGAGCUGUCACUCCGGUCUGAGGAGGGCCAUGUGACUGACUUCAAUGACCAUUCUGUCGACUAUGGGUUCAUAUUUGCCCUGUUGUUCUUGGUGAGUGGAAUAGUACUGGUGAUCAUUGCCUACACCAUCCCCCGAGAGGCUAAGGUCAACCCGGACCUGGUGUCAGCUCGUCAGAUGGAGAAACUGGAGAUGUACUAUGCACAACUGGGCUCACACCUCGACAAGUGUAUCAUAGCAGGCCUGGGACUGUUGACUCUAGGCGGGAUGCUCUUGUCCAUCUUGCUAAUCGUGUCCAUAUGCAAAGGUGAGCUGUACGGCCAGAGGACUUUUGUCCAACCCACGAAGACAUAUGGGUCGAUUCACCUGCGGAUGAGACAGUUGGGCGAGGGGGGAGAAUCUCUGGUUGAAUGUGAACCUAGUCACACUGGCACCACAGCUCCAGCCACAAGUACAGAUGGAACACAGGUGUCUAGUGGGACCCAACAGGAGUAGCACAAUCUGAGCACAUUUCUUUUCACAGACUAUGUAAAGGGUUGUGUAAUCAUUGCUUGAGGAGCUUUGUGAAAAGUGAAGCAAGCAAGGUAAGCUGAAUGUGGUUAAGACUAAGAGCACAUCUGGAAAUACACAUGAUGUGUUGUUGGAUGUAGGAUCAAAUCAGAGACAGAGAUAGAUCUGAAAAGCACAAUGGGCACCCUUGAGGAACUCAUAGUAUAGGAUAACUUGACAUGCUGCAAAUAGAUGGCUAUCAGCAUCUUUUCAAGACUUGAAUAUAUAUCUGGAUAAUAUAUAUAUCACAUCAUUAAUGAACAAAACAUGUACAAUAUGUUUAGGCCUACAAAUGCUGUUGUUGUUAUUAUUAUCAUGUAAGGAUACAAUGCCUUAAAAAGUUAGUCACUGUAAAUUGUGUACACAUAUGCUAACAUACUAAGCUCCUGUGAGCCAUUAAGCCAAGUUAAAUAUGUAGUAACUCACUGGAGCCACGUAACCUGUUGGUUGUUAUUAUAAUGUGGUCUUGGCAAGAAUAUACAGCAGCAAAAAAAUCAAAAUCAAAACAAGUGAAAUGUUUAGAUAUGCAUCAGAGGCUUUGGGCCAGGAUCUUGCUGAAUUUAAGAAAACAACAGAUUAUUUUAUUUCAUAAUGAUGUAGAAACUUUUACUCCAAAAUGUGUUAAGGAGAAUGUCCACACACACCAUCAUGCAAGGUCUUGACCAAAGAAAUGAAUGAAAUCUCUCUCUCUCUCUCUCUCUCUCUCUCUCUCUCUCUCUCUCUCUCU